CCUGUGUGCCUGGUCCCUGAACGAACCUCCACAGCGACACAGGGGAUCCGCGUCCGUGUUUCUUCUCUAGUCAGUCAGUCAGUCAGCCAUCGGAGUCUCCUUGAUCCGCGCACGCCGCGUCUUCUCUCCUCGGAACGGUGCGCCUCGGGCGGAUCUCUCCGGAUCGGAGUCCGUCGAUCGUAUUGUUCGCCAGUCGUCCGAUCGGGUAUUCACCGGUGUGAAUGACGGAUCGCCCGGCGACGAUUUCCGGGUUGUACACCGAGGACUGAGUGGCCAGAGGAUCCGGCUCGCGAAAGAUCGUUAUCGGUGUCCCGAUAACGGCGAGCAGACGCGUCGACGGAGUGACGGAAGCCGAUGCGACGCCGAUACCGCGUAUAUCGAGACAGCCAGAGGGUUCGGGCCAUCGAUAAAUUAUCCGGGACCGAUAACCCCCUGGGAUUAAUUAUCGACCUCUUCCCUUCGGCCCGGUUCUUUACGAUGCGCGCUCCACGGUCCACGUGAGGAUUGGACGAGUCCGCGAUAAAACGAGCCACCGAUAAACCCGCGCUUCGGCGAAAUUCGUUUCCUCGCCCCCGAUUCUCGGAGAGAUAAUAAUCUACCGAGGCCUGACAGAGGAAUCCCAUCGUCCGCGUCGCGAAUGCGGAGGACCGCUGAUAAGUGAUCGACCACGAGAUUCGAAGAGAUGGAGGCCCACCAUGAUAACGGAGUGUCGUCGGCGACGGAGACGAAGGCCGGGCCCUCGAGCGAGCCAUGCGGCAGCUCGUUGGACGAUGUCGUGGGCAAGUUGCUGCAAGGUUACGAUUGGACGUUGCUUCCGGUAACAUCGCGAGCUGGAGGUCGGAGGAGUGCCCACGUGAAACGUCCGAUGAACGCGUUCAUGGUCUGGGCGCAGGCUGCGAGGCGUAGACUAGCGGAUCAGCAUCCGCAGCUGCACAACGCUGAGCUGUCGAAAUCGUUGGGCAAACUGUGGAGAAUCCUGAGCGACCGUGAGAAGCAGCCAUUCGUGGAGGAGGCUGAGAGGCUGAGGAACGCGCACAAGAAACAGCAUCCUCAUUACAAGUACCAGCCACGCCGCAGGAAACCGAAGCCAGAGGAGCAAAUGGGUAUCGUGAUGCACCGUGGUCCUCUAUCCUCGCCAGGCACCUCGCUGGACUCGACGAGCUCCUCCGACUGCACGUAUCCCCGCCUGUACCCGGACACCAGCCUGAAAACGUACGACAGACCAACCUACCACGAGAGCAAAGCCACCUACGACCUCUCCAGGUCAUCUUGGCCCAGCGACGCGACCAAGUAUCCCGUCGAUCACGAGAACAAACCGUACGAGACCAACGCGAAGAGCUACACGGACGCGAAAUGCUACGACGCCGUCAAGUAUCACGAGGUAUCCGCGGCGAAGUACCACGAGACGAUGCCGAAGUACUCGGAUCUGCAAGCGAAGCCCUACGAUCUGCCCAAGUACCCGGAAACGCUCAAGUAUCCCGCGGACGUGACGAGUCCCAGCAAAUCGUACGCGUGCGUGCACAGCCAGUAUUACUCCGCGCCCGAGGGAUACGCGAUGCACGAGGAGAACGACUACCAAACGCAGCCCGUCUCCACCCACUCGUUUUACCCGUACAUUUCUGCGUCCAUGACGCAGCCCCCUUACUACAUGGGUCCUCGGUAGAUCCCGCGGAAACCCGUUUGCGCGCGGAACUGCCCGAAUCCAAGGAGAACGGUUUUUGACACUAAACGUAUGUAGGUUUGUUCGAAAAUUCUAAUCCUUUGGGUCGUUUUCUUUCGGAUUUUCAUUUCUAUGUUGUUUUAACACUUAGCCAACCGAAUGGGGAGAUCUCCCACUUUUCACUUAGCAACGUGUUGCCUUUUAUUCUGUUUAUCUUUUCUUUUGUUAUUUAGUAAGUUUUGAAGCGGGAUUAUUUGCAAUUCAUGAAAUACGGUUCUUGUUUUUACAAAACAGUUUCUAACCAAAUUCACUGAAUGAGUUCAAUUUAUAGUUCUUUUUAGGUCGCUUAAGUGUUAACACGUUCUAUGUGUAUCAUAUAUGGUAUAUAAAAAUUUUUGUGGGAAAUGUUUAACCCUUCGCACUCGAGAAUAUUUUUCUUGAGAAAUAUUCAUUAUU